AUGCUCAACCGUUUGACUCAGAAAGUAGCCAUGAGUACCAAAACAACCAAGAUAGUGCCCAACUUGGCAUUGACCCAAAACCUAACGAAAGACGUAUGGUCUUUGACCAAUGAAGCUGCAGCUUCCGCAGCCAACAACGCCCAAAACAAGGACCGGGACCUGGUCAACCUGGGACAGGGGUUUUUCUCGUAUUCUCCCCCGGACUUUGCGCUCCAGGAAGCUAAAAAGGCCCUGGACUCGCCGCUAACCAACCAAUACGCUCCAACGAAGGGCCGUGCUUCACUGCUGAACUCUCUCAUCAACUUUUACUCUCCUCUGUACAAGACUCAAUUGAAGGCCGAGAACGUGCAGGUGACCACGGGCGCGAACGAAGGUAUUCUGUCGGCGUUGGUGGGGCUUGUGAACCCGGGCGACGAGGUCAUCGUCUUCGAGCCUUUUUUCGACCAGUACAUUUCUAACAUUCAAAUUCCCGGUGGGAAGCCUACAUAUGUGCCAUUGCACCCGCCAAAGGACAUGAGCGAGCGUGUGACAUCGGGCACCGAGUGGCGGGUUGACUACGAGGAGCUCCGCAAGGCUGUGACCCCCAAGACCAAAGCUUUGAUUCUGAACACCCCUCACAACCCGGUAGGCAAGGUUUUCACGCGGGAGGAGCUGCUGAAGAUUGGCGAGAUAUGUGUCGAAAAUAACAUUGUCAUCAUCUCAGAUGAAGUAUACGAACACUUGUAUUUUACAGCCGAGUUUCCGAGGAUUGCAACUUUGACCCCGGAGUUGGGCCAGAUUACCGUAACCGUCGGAUCUGCAGGCAAAAGUUUUGCUGCCACCGGGUGGAGAGUGGGCUGGGUUGUUUCCCAAAACCCAGAGUUAUUGAAAUACGUAUCUAUGGCACACACCAGAAUCUGCUUCUCUACACCAUCACCCUCGCAAGAGGCCUGUGCUAACUCGAUCGAAAUCGCCUCCCAGAAGAACUACUUUGAAAACAUGCGCCAAGAGUACAUCCACAAAUUCAAGAUUUUUACCAGUGUCUUUGACGAGUUGGGUCUGCCAUAUACAAAACCAGAGGGUACUUAUUUUGUGCUCGUCGAUUUCUCUAAAGUGAAGAUUCCCGAAGAUUACCCAUUUCCACAAGAACUACUCUCCAAGGGCAAGGACUUUAGAAUUUCAUACUGGUUGAUCAAUGAGUUAGGUGUUGUCGCGAUCCCUCCCACGGAAUUCUACAUCCCAGAACAUGAGAAAGCUGCGGAGAAUCUUCUAAGAUUUGCCGUGUGCAAGAGCGAUGAAUACCUUGAAGGAGCUGUCGAGAGAUUGAAACUCUUGAAAGACUACAUUUGA